ACUAGGUUUUCAUCCAAUAUUUUCACAGGCGAAUCAAUUCCUAAAAACAUUUCUCACAUUCUUAAUUCGUUGUUUUCACAUUCAUCGGUUCAAAGAGCAUUUUUUCUGGGCAUUUUCCAGACUCUCGAAAUCAACGAAACACGGCAAAUCUGAUUGCUCAUUUUAGGGGGCUGUUUUGGGUGUUGAAGCUAGUCUCCGGGUUCGGGAUUAGCCGGGAGAGAGCGGCUGAUCGGAGGGAUGCUCGAUCAGGCGAAGCUAGACGACUUGCUGGUGUUCGGCGGCGGUGGCGACGGAGGCGGAGGCGGAGUGUAUGAUGUGAAUUUGGUGGUGAGGUUGGUCAGAUUGUUCGUGUAUGAUAACAUGUCAAUGGAGAGGAUGGUGAAAGUAGGGUUUCUGAUUGAUAUGUAUUUGGGGGAGAUUGGGCCUGAUCCUACCCUCAGAUUCACUAAGUUUCUUGUUGUUGCUGAGAGUUUGCCUGAUUGUGCAAGGGAUUCUUUUGAUCAAGUUUAUAGAGCAAUUGAUAUAUAUCUUCAGAUAUUGAAUCGUCUCCUGGCAAUGAGGUCGUGGUACCAGGCUACUAAGAAGCGCAACACAGUUAAGGUAUCUAUGAAGAUAAGGCAGUCGGAACGGUUUAGGAAUUUGGCAGCUCCUGUGAAGAUGGGUGGUUCGAAAGAUCAGUCCAUCGAGCACGAAUUGGUAAAACAUAAAACUAUUAGGAUGGGUUAGCAAGUGUUGAUGGUUUCAAUGCCAACAUGACGUUGAUUGGUUAUUGAACUACUACGCAUUUUAUUAUUAUAGUUAUGGAUUUUGUCAAUAUAUUUUGACAUGUUUGCGUAUAAAAGGUUUUUAACCUUUUUAUGAUGAA